AUGUCAAACAUCAAAAGAUCAGUAAGGGUCACAACACGUGCAGGCUCGCGGCCAAGGAUUGAGAGAUCACAAUCGCAAGCACCUCCCAAAGUUUCUAGGAAAGUUACAAUUAAGACUGACACCUCCCGUCUCCGAGAAAAGGGGUCCCUUGAAAAGGAAACAACCAAGGAGAAAGAGAAGGGAGAUAGGAUGUCCCUACAAUCGAGGACUCGGGGAAAGCAGCAGAAAGAGAGAGAAAAAUUCCCAUCAACAAGAGAUCAAGACAAACCCCAAGAUCCAUCAGAGUCCAGCUCUGAGAAUGAUCCUGAUGAACCAGAAAGGCUGGGUGCUCCAGAAGAGGAAGAAACAGGGUGCAGUAGAGAGACAUGUAGGAGACUUUCUCUGAAUGACCAGAGAGAUCAAGAAGACAAGCAAGUGAUCCCAACAAUAGGGGAACAUCAAGAGAAGGAAGCUCCAAUAAGCCCAGCAGCACAGGAUGGAACCGGGCAGGAAGAGAGAGAAAGGAGGAAAGGAAAUUCACCCAUAGAUGAUGAGAGGGGCAGCAAAAGAAUGAAAUCUUCCCGCACUAGGCUCGGGCCCCAGACGCAUGGUCCCGGAGGUGUGUCUUCUGAAGAUCUAACAGGGGAAUUCCAGAAAGGUGGGACCAGACACUUUACAGCUAAAUUAAGCAGCAUCCAGGACUCCGAUGAACCUUCAACAUCAUCGGGGAUUAGGAGAAAAGUCACAAAAACCAACAAAGAAGGGAAGACAGUGAAACCUCUUGUUAUUAGAGGUCAAGAAGAACCCCCUGUUUGCUCUUAUUACCCAACUCGGUGCCCAAAGGGUUUCCCAUGUCCCCAUAGUCAUAAUUAUUCCUUGUUCACUCCUGAACAUAUGGCUAGUGCUAUUGAUAGAAUGGAGGGGGCCAUAUAUACAGCAUUGACUAGGAUUACAUCACUUACAAGAGAGGUAAAAAGCUUGAGAAAGAAAACUGAGAAGCAGAACUGA